AUGGUCGCAACGGUUACCAAGUCAACAAAACAAAAUGGCCGCAGAGGUUGCAGUGUAGAUCUCAUGCUGGAUGAUGAACCGAAUGUUGUAGGAAGCAGCAUCAUGUCACACACGAAACUGCCCCCUCUACCACCCUCCCUGACAACAUAUCCUCAACCCAACACAAAUGGCAAAACUGUAAAACAGUACACUGGACUGAGUGGAUCAAGUUAUAGCCUGACUGGCCCAUCUGGUAGUACAAAGUUUGCUCUCCCUUCAGCGGCUGUACUGCAGCCCUAUAUAGACACCAGGGCAGGGACUUUGGACACAUGGCCAGCACAUGCUCUUGGUCCCAGUGCCCCAGAUCUCAACCCUGGGGUGGCCAAACAGAGUAAUGAAUUCAUGCCAAAGGGAGUGCAUAAGCCAAAGUUCCUGGAACAAUUAGAGGCUUUCUUGCAAAAAGAAUUGCGCUCUUUAGAUUGUGCAGAAAUGGUUCCAAGUGAAAAAAGAUUACAGGCUUUUAGGGAGGUAUUUGAAUAUUUAAUAGAAGACUUCAAGACUUACAAGCCUCUGUUAUCAGCAAUAAAGCAUGAGUAUGAGAUGAUGUUGAUUCAUCAGAGGGAGAAGAUCAGGGAACUGGAACCUUUGAAGAGCAUGCUAGUCACAGUAUCUGAGCAAUGUGAAAAGAAACUUCUAGCUGUCAAACAGGAAGAGAAAUCAGAUAUGCUGGAGAUGAAGAAGGAGAAUCAAAGACUUCAAAAUAUAAUAACAAAACUAAGAGAGGAACAAGUGUCACUCCAAGUUCAAGUAGAGAAGCUUCAAGAGGAACUCGCUGCCGAGUACCUGAGAUAUAGGAACGAGUGCGAUGCUAGGAAAAUGUUGAUAGCGGACAUAAACGAACUGAAAUAUCAACAGGAGGAUGCCAAAAAACCAAACGCUGAAGAAGAAGGGGAAGGAAAAGAAGAUGUCACCUUCCUAAAAUUGGCUCUUAAAAAUUGCAAAAAGAUAUGGAGACAUUUACGGUGGAUAAUCAAAAACUCAUGCAAGAACACAACGCAAUUCUUGAAGUACACAAGAAAGUUGUUGAGCAGAGAGACCAGUACGCUCAUGACACUGAGCAGAUGAGAAGAAGCGCUACUCCAAGACCUCACUGGGAGAAAUGUGGUCAGUAUAUUGAAGGUGGAAUCGAUCGCUGGAACGAGUUGUCACAGGACAGAAGUAGUGAUGAGCUUGUGGAUAUUUUACUAGCAGAAAUGACAGGACAAGAUAUUGCUAUUAUUCAGGCUGGAGUGAACACGGGUGCGGAAUACUUCACUGGACAGGGUACAGGCCCUGAAGUGCCCAGGUUCCUACGUUUUGAGGGACAAGUUCGUAACAGACGGCUUGGGAAGAGAGAUACGUCACUGCUUAUUAAGGACAUCUGGCAAGAAAAGGCUGCCCAUGAUGCGGAGAAACCGGAUGGAGAACGCGAUGACUUGGGCGAAUUCUUGUAUCAGUAUCUCCAAAGGCGAUUUGGUGUCGAGAACAUGAUCGUCGAAUGGGGAUACAAUCUUUACGAUGCAUGUGGAAGAUACUCACACGAUCCCAGAAUAGGACUGUUCUUUGGCAUUCUGCAGAAAGAGGUCGACGAAGCUGUUCAUCACGAUCAGCUAGUGAUGUUAGAGAAACUUUACAAUGCUUUGACUAAAGUUGAUCUGGCAGCAGGAAACCAGGGUACAUUAUCCCGCGCAGACCUGGAGCAAUGCCUGCGGUCGUUUUUCCCGUUGAAAGACGAUGAAUCAAUUGAAGCGUUAAUGAAAGCCUGCGAACAGGAAGCACCGGGAGAGAGUGUUCAAUAUAAAAAUCUGUUUACUGAGGACGAGGAAGGGCGGUCUGGUCCAUUUGUGGACAAGAUCAGAGAACAGGAAAAGCUUGAGAAGACCAUGUACAUAAAGGAUAUCGAAAGCGCUCUGGGUGGCAGCAGUGAAGUUUCUGUUGAGGAUGUCCGCCGAGCCAUUCAGUCUGUUGACCCAGAGGCACCGACUGAGAUGAUUGAUAAAUACCUGGAGCGAGCGUUUAACAUCCCCUCUGAGCAGCAAGAGUCUGGCACCAAGAUUGAAACGACGCUGUUAGUCAAGAGACUACAAAGUGGAAGCGUUAGGAGACUGGGCGCCAAACCGAAAUGAACAGACGCAGAUGAACUUUUCACGGACAGUUUAUUUUUUACACCCUUUGAUUUAAAAAUGGCUGUAAUUUUCUAACGAUCCAAACUUUAAGUUCUAGGAAAUUGUAAAAAGCUAUUCAGUGUACUGAGCAAUGAGAGAAAAGAAAAAACACAGUUGUUGAGAGCGUCAUAAUUAGAAAUUAAGUGAAUAAUUAACCUAAACCCAAAACCUAAUUUUUGGUUUUAAAUGUAUAUAAUAAAAGGUGUACAUAUAUUUAAAAGCAAA